AUGGGGGAGGAAGAGAAGAAACCAGGCGAGGAGAAGAAAAUGGGACAGACGAAGGUUGAAGAAGAUGAGUCUGCUGUUGCUGCUCCUCAAGUUCAUCAUCCCCGGGAGAUUAUAUUGAAAGUUUACAUGCACUGUGAAGGCUGCGCUCGUAAACUCCGAUGUUGUCUCAGGGGAUUUAAAGGUGUUGAAGAUGUAAUGACGGACUGCAAGAGCAAUAAGCUGGUGGUGAAAGGUGACAAAGCCGACCCUUUGAAAGUUCUCGAGAGAGUUCAAAUGAAAAGCCACAGACAAGUUGAGCUUCUCUCACCCAUCCCAAAGCCACCGUCCACGGCGGAGGAAAAAGAAAAGCCCGAGGGUGGAGAGAAGAAAGAAGAGGUGAUGGCGGUGGUGGUGGUGUUAAAGGUUCACAUGCAUUGUGAAGCUUGUGCUCAAGAGAUCGAGAAACGUAUUCAAAGAAUGAAAGGAGUGGAAUCAGUAGACCCCGAUCCAAAGAGCUCAGAGAUGACAGUAAAGGGCGUGUUCAAUCCAACCAAACUGGUUGAUUACGUUUACAAAAGAACCGGUAAGCACUCACUGAUAGUGAAGCAAGAGCCCCACCGUAAAAACGAAGAAGAAAAACCCAAAGAUGGUGGCAAUGACAAGGACAUGAAAGGUGGCGGAGGCGAUGGUGACGGCGGAGAAGCCACUGCAGCCACCGCGGCGGUGGAGCUGAAGAGAAAUGAAUUAUAUUAUUACGCUCCAAGGUAUGCAACUGAGUUUUACGCUUAUCCUCCUCAGAUGUUCAGUGACGAAAGCCCUAAUGCUUGCUCUGUAAUGUAA